CUCGCACCUCGGCCUCGGUCUACCUGUGGACCGCCCCGCUCUCGCGCCUCUCGCCCUCGAUCUGGCACUUUGACCAGUUCCUGCGCGACUCGGCCCACCGUUGGGUCGGGCCCGGCGCCGAGGCCAACCCCGACUUUGCAGAGGUCGACCGCCGCAGGCGCAUGCGCGGCAUCAUCACGCCCCGGGGCGUGCGCGACAGCGCACAGGCAGCGCUCGCCGACCUCGAGGGUGACGUCGACGCCAAGCUGCGCCUCGACGGCGAUGGCGAGCCGCACAAGCCGCACGAGCCGUUCGGGCGCGCCCUGCGCGCCAAGUACUUCUCGCACGAGCCCGGCUGGAUCCCGCUCAACCACGGCUCGUACGGCGCCGCGCCGCACCCGGUCCUGUCGCGCAUGCGCGCCCUCCAGGACCAGUGCAACCUGUCGGCCGACCGGUUCAUGAAGCUCGAGUACGAGCCGCUCCUCGUCGAGGCGCGAGGGCGCGUCGCCGACUUGGUCGGGUGCGACACGGACGACGUCGUGUUUGUCACAAACGCGACCAUGGGCAUCAACACGGUCUUGCGCGGGUUGACGACCGAGUGGAAAAAGGGCGACCGGCUGUUGUACUUGCCGACCUCGAUCUACAACGCCUGCGAGCGCACGCUCCAGUACAUCGUCGACACGCACCCACACGUCGAGCUCUCGCUCCUCCCCGUCCCGCUCACGUACCCUCUCUCGCACGCCUCGCUCGUCGCCCAGGUCGCCGCCGCCAUCGAUGCCGCCAACAGCGACGGCACGGGCCGCACGGUCCGCCUCGCCCUGAUCGACGCCAUCUCGGCCAGCCCGGGCGUCGUCGUCCCCUGGCCCCAGCUCGUCGCCACCCUCCGUGAGAGGGGCGUCCUCUCGCUCGUCGACGCCGCGCACGAGCUCGGCCAGACGCCGCGCAUCGCGCUGCGCGAGACCGACCCGGAUUUCUGGGUGUCCAACGUGCACAAGUGGGGGCUCGCGCCGAGGACGGUCGCGGCGCUGUAUGUCGCAAAGAGGUGGCAGCACCUCGUGCACUCGAUCCCGAUCGGCUUCUCGUACAAGCAGCGCGAGUUCAACCCGGACGGCGACGCGCACUGGACGCGCGAGUUCAACUGGAGCGGCACCAUCGACUGGUCGCCCGUCCUGUCCGUCACGGCCGCGCUCGACUUUCGCCGCGACGUCCUCGGCGGCGAGCAGCGCAUCUACGACUACUGCCACGCGCUCGCGCUCGAGGGCGGCGCGCUCGUCGCCGACGUGCUCGGGACCAAGGUGCUCGAGAACGAGCGCGUCGAGGACGGCGAGCUCACGGCGUGCAUGGUCAACGUCGAGCUCCCGCUCCCCCGACCCUCGACCUACACUGCCUCGUCCCUCUCGUCCCUCACCUCGUUCUGGAUCGCUCGCCUCUCGGCCCUCAAGACGUUCGCGCCCAUCUACACCCACGACGACCGCUUCUGGACCCGCCUCUCGGCCCAGGUCUACGUCGACCUCGACGACUUCCGCAAAGGCGCUCAGGUGCUCGACAGCGUGUGCGACGAGAUUCGCCGGCGCGAGUUUUGACGGCGGCGGCGGCGAGUUUUGACAAAGCCGCAGCAGCCGGGUUUGCUAGAGCAUUCUCUCGAAAGACUUUCUAUCAGUGCCCA